UUGUGUGUGAGUAAAGAGAGACACAGACGAUCAGAUUCAGCUUCAGACCAAACUAAUACCUUCCUCUGAGUGAAUCCAGCUACAGGAGAGAAAAGUGGAAACUACAACACUGCUGCUUCAAGCUGCUGACUCUCCACACACUGAAGCUUCACUCAGAGACUAAAUGGCUUCCAGAUCAGAGGCGGAUCUCUGCUGUCCGGUCUGUCAGGAGGUCUUCAGAGAUCCUGUUAUUCUGUCAUGUAGCCACAGCUUCUGUAAAGUCUGUCUGAAGAACUGGUGGAGACAGAAUCCAUUACAUGAGUGUCCAUGUUGUAAGAGAAGAUCUUCAAGAGAUGAUCCACCUUUAAACUUGGUGCUAAGGAACCUGUGUGAGUCUUUCUUACAGGAGAGAGAUCAGAGAUCUCCAGAGGAUCUCUGCAGUCUGCACUCUGAGAAACUCAGACUCUUCUGUCUGGACCAUCAGCAGCCAGUGUGUCUCGUCUGCAGAGAUUCAGAAAAACACUCCAACCACAGAUUCAGACCCAUCGAUGAAGCUGCACGACAGCACAAGAAGAACCUUGAGGAAACUCUGGAGCCCUUAAAGGAGAAGUUAAAGGUUUAUGAAGAAGUUAAAGUGAAGUUUGAUGAAACAGAAAAACACAUCAAGGUCCAGGCCCGACACACAGAGAGGCAGAUUAAGGAGCAGUUCAAGAAGCUUCACCAGUUUCUAGCAGAGGAAGAGGAGGCCAGGAUGGCUGCACUGAGGGAGGAAGAGGAGCAGAAGAGUCAGAUGAUGAAGGAGAAGAUGGAGGCUCUGAGCAGAGAGAUAGCAGCUCUUUCAGACACAGUCAGAGCCACAGAGGAGGAGCUGAGAGCUGAAGACAUCUCAUUCCUCAACAACUACAAGGCUGCAGUGGAAAGAGUCCAGCGCUGCCCCCUGCUGGAUGCUCCACAGCUGCCCUCAGGAGCUCUGAUAGACCAGGCCAAACAUCUGGGCAACCUGGCCUUCAACAUCUGGAACAAUGUGAAGGACCUGGUCUCCUACACUCCUGUCAUUCUGGAUCCAAACUCUGCUCAUUCAACACUGAUCCUGUCUGAAGAUCUGACCAGUGUGAGAGGAGGAGAUAAACAACAACUUCCUGAUAAUCCAGAGAGGAUAGAUUUUUACUGGUCUGUCCUGGGCUCUGAGGGCUUUAACUCAGGGACUCACAGCUGGGAUGUUGAGGUUGGAGAUAACACAUGGUGGAUACUGGGUGUGUUAUCAGAGUCUGUCCAGAGGAAGGGACGAAUAGAGUCUGGAUUGUGGGGAAUAGAGUUUGAUGAAGGUAAAUAUUUCACAUAUUCACCACCAGAUCCUUCCAUCGAUCUCCCAGUAGAGAAUAAGGUCCAGAGGAUCAGAGUGAAUCUGGACUGGAACAGAGGAAAUCUGUCCUUUUCUGAUCUUGAUACUAACACACACAUACACACCUUCACACACACUUUCACUGAGAGGAUGUUUCCAUACAUUGACAACGUGGAUAAACUCCCAGUGAAGAUUUUACCAGUGGAUCAGAUCAGUUAGAGAUAAACAGAUUAUAAAUGUGUAUUGUUUUGUCUCUUGGGCCUCAAGGUCCUACUUCCUGUUUAGGGAGGUGGCUAGGAUCUGGGGAGGGGCUUGUUUUCCCUGAUUGGUCACACCUGUGACGUCCACCUAUAAAUACUGGUUCAGUCUCAGUCUCCUCUCUGAGUUGAGGUUGUUGUGGGGACAUACAGAUUUACAUAUUGUGCCACUUUGCGCAAUAUUGAUAUUUUUGGCUACAAUUUCAUUAAUAAUAAUAAAUUAGAUUUGUAUUUAAAAGAGAAAUGCGAUUUUUUUUUUUUUUUCCACAGAUAUAAUGGUUCUUAAAACAUCUCAUCAAAAGGACUAUAGUUGAAAAUGUGCCAGCUGGUUAACACUGGCACAUUAACAUUAACUAAGUUGAUUAAUGUACAAUAUCCCUUUUAAGUAAAAUAAAUAAAUAAAAAUAAUAAUAAUAAA